UGACAUUUGUUUUUGUUAUUGUUGACGAAAUUGAAGCCGUUGAACGUAUAAAAUUAAAGUAGAUUUAUAAAUAAUGGAAGUAGAAGCUAAAAUAAAAGAAGACAUGAGAAAGCUCGGCUGUCAUUCGGAGAAGAAAGUUACACUAGCGUUUCAGUUAUACAUCUACUUGCUCGAUGAAAAAUUAAUGUAUGAUACAGAAUAUUGUUAUAACAAAGAUGUAGACACACUAUACAUUGUAGCAAGGCCAAAUAAAAACGAGAAGAUGAAUAUAUACGUUCCUAUACCUACAAAUUUCGACAUAAGCAUUGAUUAUAUUAAUAAAAUGCAAGAGAAUUUAUGUACAGUUGAAACUGGUCCUACAAUUAACCUAGCAUUUAUAGAAGAAGAUUUUACAAUAGUUCUGUAUACAUUUACCAAAGGUUUAGUUGAGCGGCCGUCACUGGACAGAUCAACGCAACUAAAAUGUAAAGAAGAGAAGCGCAGGUUCAUAAACAGUGAGAUUCAUAAAAAGAAAAUGGACAUUUUAAAUGAUGCUGUGAACGGUGGAUUUGUUGAUGAUGAUGAUUGUGAAAUAAUAGAAUAAAUAAAAG